UACAUACACAUCUGGAUUCGCGCUAACGAUCACGCUCACCAAUAGCAGUAAAGACCGAGGCAUAUUUACCUCGGACCUUCCAAAUUAUCCUUCCAUAAAUUUUAUUUUAUACCUGAAGGAUACGAACUAAAGUAAUAAAAGACUUAAGAUAUGUACCUUUUAUAUUGUACAUAAUUGCAAGGUUCAUUCAUGUAACGGUACAUAGACAAAUAUAUAUAUAUAUAUAUAUAUAAGUGUGUGUGUGUGUAUAUAUAACGGGAAAAAGGGAAAAAGAAUAACGAAUGUGAGGUCAGAAAAGGGAGUUGGAAUAAUAAAACUAGAAAGAGAAAGAGAGUGAGAGAGUGGUGGGAGUGAAGGGUAGGGGCGAAGGAGAGAAGGGUAGGGGCAGGGAGAACAUUGAAAUAAAUUCGAAAUUUUACUCGUUCUUCACGCAUUAGUAUUUCGUUGCUUGAUAAGUAAAGUUUGUUAGAUGCGUUAAGAGUUUAGAAAAAAGACAAAGAAGAAAGAAAGAGAACGAAAUUCGAGACAAGAGAAGCGAAAGAAAGAUAGUGCGUGUAAGAGAGAGAUAGAGAGAGAGAGAUAGAGUGAUAGAGUGAGACAGGAGAAAGAGAGCGACGAUACAUACGUACGGCGGGGCAAGCGUAGAACGGCGGACUGUUACGAGCGACGAUAGUAUUUUUCGUUGAAAUAAAUUCGAUAAAGAUUUCGAAAAAGAGAUUGCUUAGAGACUAAUGGUCGCUCUAUCUCUCUUAAUAUAAUAACGCGAGAAAACAUGGAAUCGUGCGAGAAUCGGACUCAAGAAAAAAAUCAAGAAGGUGAAAAUGGAUUUUUUUGGCAAGAUUAUCUUGAUGCUACUGAAAGUGUUGAGGUUCCACAAAUUAUGUUUCCACAUGUAGAAUUAACAUUGCAAAGUGGGAUUGAGAUAGGAAUGGCUUUAGAGGUACCAAUAGGAAAAACAAUAGAUGAAUCUGACAUUACUUAUUGGAUUGCUUCGAUUGUUAUGGCUUGUGGACCACUAUUAAGAUUACGCUACUUUGGUGGAGAUGAGAGAACAUUGGAAUUUUGGUUUAAUCUUACUAAAGAAGCUGCUCAUGAACUUGGAUGGUGUACAGCAAAUAACAAAAAAUUAGUGCCUCCCGAUGUUAUACUUCAAAGAUCACCAGAUUGCGUUGAAAAAUUAUCUCAUUUUUUAACAACUGCACGUACUGUACCACCAGGAAUGUUAACUGGGGAUGGUCUUAGCAUGACAGAAAAAAUUAAACAAGGAAUGAAAGUCGAAGUAAGCGAUGUGUUACAUCCUUAUAAAUUAUGGGUAGCUACGAUUAUAGAAAAUGUUGGUGGCCGUCUUUUAUUAAAGUAUGAUACACCUGGUUCAUCGUUUAAGGACUUUUGGAUGUUUUGUACGUCAGAACAUCUACAUCAGUAUGGAUUUGCAUGUAAAUCAGAUUCAACUUGGUUUUUAGAACCACCUAGUUCUAUAAUAGACAUGCAUACCUAUGAAGAAUGGAAAGAUUCGCUUGAAUCAAAACCAAAAAAUUGUGAUAUAUCAGAAGAAUUAUUUAAAAAUGAAGUUGACCAUCCUAAACAUAAUUUUAAAGUUGGAAUGAAAUUGGAGGCAUUGAAUCCAAUAAAUCAUACAACAAUAUGUCCUGCUACUGUUAUAAAAGUAUUUGAUGACAUAUACUUUCUAGUCUAUAUUGAUAAACAUGAUGAAAAUAUAAAGGGUACUGAUAUUGACUCUUGCUUAUAUAAUCAAUCUGAAAAAAAUACAUGGCUUUGCACAGCAGAACAUCCAUACAUAUUUCCAAUUGGCUGGUCAAAAAAACAUGAUAUUAAAAUUACACAUCCAGAAGGCUGGAUUUCCAAUACUGAAGAGUUUGAUUGGGAUGAAUACUUGAAAAAAACAGGAAGUAUAAAAGCUGACGAAAAUUUAUUUUAUGAGAGAAAAAAUGCAGCAGAUGCAGGUUUUGAAUGUGGUAUGCGUUUAGAAGCUGUUGACCCAGAAUAUGAGAACAUUAUCUGUGCUGCUCAUAUUACUAAAAUUGUCAUGAAUUUAUUAUGGAUAAAAUUAGAUAACUAUGAAGACAACAAACCAGAACAUAUAGUCCAUAUGCGUUCCUUAGAAAUAUUUCCUGUUGGAUGGUGUGAAUCAAAUCAUUAUCCGUUAAAACCACCAAAAGACUACAUCGAAAUUUGUAAAAAAGUGCAAACACCUGUAAAAGAAGAAAAGAAGAACAACGUGCUUGACAUACCAAUUUCAGAACCACGUUCUUCAUUGUGGUGCCCAAAAAUAUAUUUUAAUUAUCGUUGUUUUACUGGUCCAAUGAUAUCGAAAGGAAAAUUAGCUACUUUGCCAAAGGCUGUGGGACCUGGUCCCGUAGUCUUAGUAAUGAGAGAAGUUUUAUCCAUGAUAGUGUCUGUUGGAUAUAGAAGUGCCAGAAUUUUGAAGGUAUUACAGUGUGAUUCAAAGCCAGAUCCUGGAUAUCGCUUGGAAGUUUUAAAAGCAAAGCACAAAAAUAAUACUUAUCGUGCAAGUGUUGCCGUUGUUACUUCUGGAGACAUGGUAGCAGACUUUUGUAGAAAUAUUUGUAAAAAAUUGAUGGUCUGCCCUAAUUUAUUUGGACCCUUGCAUGUAUUAGAAAAUGAAUGUCCGGAUAAAUGUCAUAAAACAUCAAAAACAAAAUUCACAGCAUCAGUGGGAACUGGAAAACGAGGUAAACCAAAAGGUUAUACAAGUAUAAUGGUACAAAAACCAAGGGCAUGGGGUGGUAGACGUAGAAGAAGGCGUGGAAGAUGGGGCAAUAGAGACAAAAGAAUCAACUAUGAAUACGAAGAUGAAAUGCCUUUUAUGCCGUUGGAUUUGGCAAAACAUAUGUCAGAUGGUCUUGAAGAAACGAUUGAUGGUAGACAACCUCUUUCAGAAAUAGAUAUUAUGAUACAAAAAGGUUUAGAAAAAUCAGAUAAGUCAGAUGAUUUUAAAACGGAACCUCCAUCAAGUAAUGCUUCAGAGGACUCUGGAAGUUCUUUUAAUGAUAGAAAAAUGAAAGAUAAUCGAGCAGGAAGUCCUAAUAGUUUAAGUACUAAACAUCACUUUACAAGGUUCAGUCAAAAUGUAGCAACCACUAGAGGGAGUAAAAGGGAACGUGAAUGGGACACAAGUAUAGAGUCUGAUUGUUCCGAAGCGGAUGCAGAAUAUGUAAGAAUGCAAAAAAAACAAAGACGACCAAAAACUCGUAAACUUGAUUCAAAUCCUUUAUUUUGGACCGUCGAUGACGUAUUUCGAUAUCUUAGAAAAACAAACGAUUGUAAAGACAUCGCUUAUCGUGUUAAACAAGAAGAAAUCGAUGGUCUCGCCUUUUUAUUAUUAAAUUUACCAUCUCUCACACAACAUAUGAAAUUGCGAACAAGUUUAGCCAUGAAGCUUUGUCGUCAUGUUGAACAAGUGAAAGUCACAUUUUUUUUACGACAUAUUAAUGAAAUUGAUCCAAAAAAGUACCCUAUAGCAUAAUUUUUUAAUUCUAAACAGAAUUUUUUAUUUAUAACUUGUAUAAUAAUGAAUUAAUUUAAAACUGAAAGAAUGUUUGCAAAAAUAUUUAGUGUAUUACAUAUCCAAUAAUGACUAUAUGUAUUUUAAUUUAUAUAAAAACGUGUGGUAAUGAUAGCAAUAAGUAAGAUAAAUAUCUUUUGAGAAGUACCAUUUAAAAGUGAAAUUAUAUAUAUAUUUUUUCUUGUGUAACAAAAAUGAAAAAAUAUAUAGAUAGAGGAAUUCUAAUUAAAUGAAUAUAAUUUUUUGUCAUACGUAAUAUAUGCGUAUUUUACCAUUACAUGCUUUUUUCACUUGACUCCACAAUUAUGUGCAAAGGUUAUAUAAUUUUUUAUACACACACACACGCACAUGUAUGUAUAUAUCUAUGUGUGUGAUAAAAAAUAGACAUUAUUUGAUCGUAAUAAUAAUGAUUAAAAGAAAUAUGUAUAUUGUCGUAUUUAUAAUUGAAUCGAAUUACAAUGUUAGAACAAAUUUAAAAUAUGUAUUAGUAGUAAUUAAAUUGAUUGAUUGUAAUCAUUUAAGAUAUCUACAAUGUUAAUUUUAUAUGGAUCAUUUUAAUUUGAAACUAUAUUGUCAGUGCUAAAUACCACAAAGCCGAUCUUUUUGAAAGCUUUGCCAAACUGCCUUUAUUCUAGAUAGCAUUUUUAAAAAAUUAUUAUUUCUAAAUAGAUUUGAAGAAUAUAAAUGUAAUUUAUUUAAAUUGUACAUGGUCUUCUUCAUUUAAAUCAUGUAAAAUGUAUACUAAUAAUUAUAUUCGAUUGAAUGGUUAAA